AUGUAAUCGCAACACUCUAAUAAUUACGAAGAUGAUUAGGAUGAUUAUGGAUGGCCAGAUGAGGAGGAUAAGGAACAAGUCUCAUAUCAUCAUCAGUUCGAUAAUGAUGAAAAGAGAUAAUUGGAAAAAGUAUAGAAAUUAGUGGAACUUUUAGGUUGCUCUUAGGAUUAAGGAAUAGCGAUAAUGCGAUUCUUUAAAUGGAACAUGGAUAAGUUGUAGAAUGAAUGGUUUAGCAAUGAACGCAGACUUGGCAUUAAAAUGGGAAUAGAAUUCGAUAAUGAUCUAUCCAAAAAGUUUCCACUUACCAUGCAGUCACUUGCCCAUAACAAUCAGGGAUAUUGCAUGAUUUGCUAUGGAUAAUUUAGCUAGAAAAAUAAACAAGAUAAUAUGUCAUGUGGUCAUUAGUUCUGCUAAGAAGAUUGGAGAUCAUAUUUAUCGUAAAAGGUUAAUGAAGGAUUUCAGGCAGUGCAGAGUAAAUGUCCCUAGCAUCUCUGCAAUAUGGUUGUUCCUCACUCAUAUUUUGUAAAGUAUCUCUAAAAAGAAGAUAUGAAGACUUAUAUGAAAUGGUUUUGUAAGGCUUAUACAGACGAUAACAAGAAUGUUCGUUGGUGUCCUUAUUCAGGAUGUGAUUAUUGCGUGGAGUAUUAAGAUUAUGGAGAGAGUGAUGUAAGUUGUAAAUGUGGAAAUUCAUUCUGCUUCAAGUGUGGAAGCGAGUCACACAGGCCUUGCGACUGCAAGCAAACAGAAACUUGGAAGAAUAAAAACUCUGCCGAAAGUGAGAACAUUACCUGGAUCAUGGCCAACACUAAGCAGUGUCCAGAAUGCAGAAAGCCUAUUGAAAAAAAUCAAGGAUGCAAUCACAUGACUUGUAAAAUGUGCUCUUACGAAUUCUGCUGGCUUUGCCAAGGAAAAUGGUCAGAACACGGACAAAAAACAGGAGGCUAUUACAAUUGCAACAAAUAUGAGGAACUUAAGUCAAAGGGCGAUGUGAAAAUAUCUAAAGACGAAACUUCAAGACAAGCAGCUAAGAAUGAGCUAGACAGAUAUAUGUUCUACUUCGAAAGAUUCAACAACCAUGAUAAAGCUGAGAAGCAUGCUAGAUCUUUGAGACCAGUAAUUAAGGCAAAGAUUCAGCUCCUUCAUGAAAUAAAAAAAUAUCCUCCAAGUGAACUGGACUUUUUAGACGAAGCAAUAAAUGAAGUAAUCAAAUGCAGACAGGUGCUUAAGUACACCUAUGUAUACGGAUACUAUCUAAAGAACCAAAAAGAACUUAAUCUAUUCCAGUUCCUGCAGGAAGAUCUAGAAAAGAACUGCGACUAUUUGCAUGAACUAAUAGAGAAACCACUAGACCCAUAUCUCGAUACCAAUAUUGUUGACAGAUCCACAUUCUAUCAUUUCAAAGGGUAACUUAUAAAUUACUAUCAAGUUACAAGAAAGGUAAGAUUAUCAUCUUGA